AUGUCACGCUCCGCAACAACCACGCCUCCGAAACCGGCAAGCGUAGCGCCGCUAAACUCCAGCAAAGUCCGAAGCCUUCUCGACACAUAUCUCGACUUCCUCGCCGCGACCAAACAAGAAAUCGACGCUUCCAACCCACCAUACAAACCCCUUCCGAAAAUCGACAGCCAACGAUCCAACGAACGACUACACAUCAUGUCGAGAACAGCGCCGAUUUUCCACGCCUCCAACCCGGCUUCUCCCCUGGCUUACACCGCCAAGCAGACAGCCUUAUUCCUGCUGGAUUAUCAAGGCUUCUGUCUUGCGUAUUUCGACGACAAGGGAGCAGCGGUGGUGAGGAAAGCGAAAAUCAUGCGCGACUGGGCUUUCAAGCAGGGCAUCAUGGUGGUGCAUUCCGUCGUCGACGUCUCCGCCCAACCACCAGCGACUUGCAAAGGCGCGGAGCGGAUCAAAGGCAUGCUCGAACAGGUUGCGCAGGAUAAGGAGGCAGCGGAGGAAGCGGCGGAGAUUGCAUUUGCGAAGCGCGCCGGGGAGUACAUUGUGCUCAAGCAUCCCGGCGUCGUGUCUGGACUGAAGUCGAAAGGGGCGAGGGAACUGCUGGAGGAGCAUGGGAUUCGGAAUUUGAUUCUGUGUGGGAUUUCAACGUCUGGGGCGGUUCUGCGCACGGCUGUGCCGGCUACGGACGAUGGCUUUGUCGUCAGUGUGAUUGAGGAUGCGUGCGCCGAUCGGACGGCGGAGGUGCAUGAAGCUGUGAUGAAGAAUUUGCUUCCGUCGAGGGCGCACGUUGCUACUGCGGAGGAGUUCAUCAAAGCAUGGGAAGACGGACAGCGAUGA